AUGAACUUCACCAUAAAAGACCGUGGGGGAAAGGACAACCCACUGCUGCAGUAUGUCUUCGAUCACUCCAUGAGGGAGCACCCAGCCCUAAGAGGCCUCAGGCUGAGGACAAUGGAGGACCCCAGCAACGCCAUGAUGGUCGCCUGUGAGCAGUCACAGUUUAUGGCCAAUCUGGCAAAACUGAUAAAAGCCAAGAAGGCAUUAGAGAUCGGAGUGUACACAGGUUACAACACACUCAGCAUAGCACUGACUCUGCCUGACGAUGGAGUUAUAGUGGCGUGUGACAUCAGUGCAGAGUGGGCCAACAUUGGAAGAGCCUUCUGGAAAGAGGCUGAAGUGGAGAAGAAGAUUGAUCUGCGUAUACAGCCAGCAGUGGUAACUCUAGAUCAACUCCUUGACGCUGGACAGGCCGAGACAUUUGACUUUGUCUUCAUCGAUGCCGACAAAGUUAACUAUGACACCUACUAUGAGAAGUCCCUGCAGCUGUUGAGGAAGGGAGGCAUCAUCGCCAUCGACAAUGUGCUUUGGGGCGGGAAGGUCCUGAGUCCGUCUCCUGGUGACGCAGACACUGUGGCCAUCGACAAGCUGAACAAGAAGUUGACCAGAGAUAUUCGCAUCAGCCUCAGUAUGCUCACAGUGGGAGACGGCCUCACACUAGCCAUCAAACUAUAG